GUCAACGCAGACUCUAUUGUGCGCUCGUGCGUCCUCUUUUUUGUGUUUACUCUGUUCUAGGUUUUUGGUUUAGUUUUGUUCGGUUAAUAAAUAUCGUAAAUCAUGAAAGAGAGAAGAAAUGUACAGCCACUGGUGGUCAGAUGUAAACUGGUGCUUGUUGGGGAUGUUCAGUGCGGGAAAACUGCGAUGUUACAGGUUUUGGCAAAGGAUUGUUAUCCAGAGACAUAUGUGCCCACAGUGUUUGAGAACUACACAGCCUGUCUGGAGCUUGACGAUCAGCGUGUAGAACUGAGUUUAUGGGACACAUCAGGAUCACCAUACUAUGAUAACGUGAGGCCCCUCUGCUACAGUGACUCUGAUGCAGUGCUCCUUUGUUUUGACAUCAGUCGUCCAGAUAUCUUUGAAAGUGGACUUAAGAAGUGGAGGACAGAGAUUCUUGACUUUUGCCCCACCACACGUAUUCUUCUCAUUGGUUGCAAGACGGACCUUCGCACGGAUGUCUGCACACUGAUGGAGCUGUCCAAUCAGAAACAAACACCCAUCACUCAUGAGCAGGGCUCUGCCAUGGCCAAACAGUUGGGUGCAGAGGCUUAUCUGGAGUGUUCAGCCUUCACCUCUGAGAAGAGCAUCCACAGUGUGUUCCGCACAGCUGCACUGGCCUGCAUUAACAAGCUGCAGCCAUUGGCCAAGCCCAGCCCGACUCGCCGGCUGUCCAAACGCCUGCUCCACCUGCCCAGCAAAUCUGAGCUACUCUCCUCUACCUUCAAGAAGGAGAAAGCCAAGAGUUGCUCUGUAAUGUGAGUGUAAUCUCAACAUCCCCCCAAAAAGCUACACCAUUCCCUGUGCUUUGGUCUGGGGAAGGGGGGUGGGUUCUGAUUGCCACAUCAUUGAAGUGUGGAAUCCUUCCUCACCCCCCAAAGAAACACCUUUUAGAACAAGUGGACACCCUGCUGUCUUCCUUGUCCUGAGCUCUUCACAGUGCAUAUCUGGGUUUUUUUUCAGUACUGUAUCUUGCAUUUUCAAAUAAGGAUCAGUCAUCAGCUGUCAUUUAUUCACUCCUUGCUGUUAUGAAGAGAAUUGCUGUUGCACCGGUGUUAUUGUGGCAGUUCGGAAUGAUUUUAAUUCAGUAUAUCGGAAACAAAUGUUUAAAAGUUCCAAUAAUGUUUUGUACAAUGUAAGACUUUCUGAUCUAUUCUGUGCAAAAAUAUGAGCUCUCUAGUGUGAGGUGUAUCUGAGAUUCAAAAUGAAACCUAUAAUACAUGCUUACAGUAUGCACUAUGGACUAUAGCUGAGGGAAUAGCUCCAGGGAAUAGGCCAUUGUGGAGCUGUGCACAAGGCCCAGGUCAUGUUGAGAAGAAGGCUGCAUCAGACAAAUGCUUAUUUGGCAUUGUCAUGCUAGAAGUGAUGUGAUUUUUAAGUGGGAGUCACAUGCUCUUUGAAAGAUGAGGUAUUAAACGUUAAAGAAAUGACAAGAUGAAGGCCAAAAACCUUUGUUAAAAUGGACCAUUUAUAAUGCUACCAAAGUCAGUUUUCCAAUCCCUUAUUCCCUCUACCGGAAUACUUUCUGAUAUAUAACAGCUUCUAUUUUUAGAGGCAAUAACUAUGUGAGAGAUAGGAGGGGUGUGACUGAGGAACACAAAGUGAUCUGAAUCUACAGUUCCUGCUGCUCCGUAGUGUAGGCAACCAAGAAUCUGUGAUCCGAUCCCUGGAAGAGUUCUCUGAGGAUCCAAUUGGAUCGAAUUUGGCAUGAUUAAUUUUCUUUUGUUUGUUAAAAUGACCUCCAGAGAGACGUUGUAGCACUACAGUAUGUUAAAGUUUUCAUGAAAUCAACGAGACCAAAAAUAAAAAAAUGUAUUUUCAUUUUAUUAUCAAAUUAAUUGAUUUAAGAUCAGACCAGCUUAAGUUUGUUCAGUUUGUUAUGCAUAUACAUUCUAAUGUAGCAUUCAAUCAUCCAACAAUAGAAUCUCCAGUUUCCUUGCCUCCUAUAUUCCUGCUCAUGCACUGACCUCCUUCACAGCACUAGUACCAGAAAUAUUUGUGGAUAAGUUUAAUGUGUCUCUAAAUGUUUGACUGAAUAAAACAUAUUUACAUGAAUGCACUUGGCAGACUUUUGUAUCCAAAUGCAUUCAGUGCAUUAAAGAUACAUUUUAUCAGUACAUGUGUUUCCUGGGAAUCAAACCCAAGACUUUAUUGUUGCUUUGGUGUUGCACCAUGCUCUAUCAGUUGAGCUACUGGAUCAAAACUUUGGAUAGAAGCUAUGUGUGAAAGCGCUAAUCUUGAAGUCUGCUUUUCACCACAAAGCAAUAAUUAUGAUUUGAGUGCUUAUAACGCAAAGUAUGUCAAGUGGCAAUAAUAAAAAAAUUAAAACGCUUAAAUUCAUGCUAUUGCUUUGUGGAAAUAUGUAUGUGGAUAUACAUCGCUGCUGUAAAAGCAAGCCAAUAUAUUGUGAUUCUGUUGAGCAUUUGUUAAGAGUAAUUAGUGACACCUUUGGAUCACUGAUGAAAAUGGGAUGAAAUCAAACCAUUGGAGUACAACACAGACAUUCUUUUUUCUUUUUCAACCACAUAUGGAUAUUAUAUUGGAGGUGAAUGCAUUAAGGGCAAUUGGACAGGAAGGUGAUUCAGACUGGACCAUUUUAUUAUAUGGAACAUCUGACUUGUGAUAAGGGCUUUGAACAUUUGUUCUGUAUGUGCAAGGUCAAAAUGCAUAGAAAACACAGACUUUGGGGAAAAAUGGAACAGGCUGGUCCUGUUUAAUGACAGCUAUUUUUUAUUUUUUUUAUUUGAACUAUUGUUUGUUUGUUCUCUAUUUCCAUACACUUGAAAUCAAUAUUUUUCUUAUUUUGUAAAAUCACUAGUGGCGGAAGGGAAUAAAUGGUCAGCCACUGUAAUCUAUGUGUUCAGGUGGCUAUUUACAAGAUUCGCCACUGUGAUUACAACAACAUUUAUUUGUAUUGCUUAACAAAUGCAUAAAAAGAAAGCUGGGGAGUGUGAACCAUGUGUAAACUUGUCACAUGACUGGAGAGUCAUUGUAGCUGCCGAUUAAAACAGUGUUAUCAGCCAACUUGUCUGAAGAUUCAAAGAUAUUUGUAUUGAGCUGUGGGUUGUACAUCAUAAAGUCUUUCUGAAAAUUCAGUAAUUAUGCUGCCAUUGCACAUUGCUGGUAUUAUAACAUUUCAAGCAUGUCCUGUAACAGUUCUUCAGUUGUGUAUAUCCUGUUUUGUAAUCUUUGUAAGACAUUUCAAAAUGUCAUGAGAUUAAUAUUUGUUUAUGUUGUGGAUUGACCAACCUGUGCUUGAUGUAAUGUGCUUUGUCCUAUUUAUUUGGAUUCAUCAUUUGAGGUGAUUUUCUGUUUGUGUUUUACACACGAUUUUGUUCAGAACAUUAUUUUUGAAAUAAUUACUUUAUCUUUUGUCUUUCGAGUAAUAAAGCUUGCCUUUGUGUGG